AUGCCGGGGCGAAGCCUCGUAAGCAACGCCAGCCCCUUUCCUCAAAUAAAAUAUUUUACCACCACAACUCCAAAAAUGGGAUUCCCUUUUCCCCAUGGCGUCUGGCGGGGGUUCCCUCCCCACGCCCCGCGUCUCGUCAAAAUGUUCCCGUUUCCCUUCUUUGGCAGGCCCCGGAACAAUUCGAAAGGGCAAAGACCAGCUCCUACGUGUUGCGGCGGCGCGUGGGCAUCUUCCUUCUGGUGUUGCCCCAACCCUUCGCGCGCCAUUUGGGAAAUACCCUGGCCAUUUAAAAAAUGUUUAAAUUCCUUUUUUUUUUGA